AUGGAACACAGAUCGAGCGACACUGAGCAUCAAGAGCUGCUUAGGCGGCUCUCAACCGUCUCUUCACAUACAAUUCUCCGUCAUCUGCAAGAGGAGACAAUAUUGCAGAUCGCCGCAAAGUGCUUCGAAGACAAAGAAAAGGAGAACAAUUCGACAAAAUACUCCAAGCCUCAAUCGACCCUUCAUUUCACGGAGCCGCAACGAGCCUUGCCACAGAAGAGAAGCAACAGCAAGCAGGCCGGAGACCGCGCAAAACGACCAUUGAAUGCUUUCAUCGCAUUCAGAAGCUACUACGUGAAACUAUUUCCAGAGUCGCAACAAAAGGCGGCGUCCGGCUUCCUCACGACACUCUGGAAUAAAGACCCGUUCAGAAAUCGCUGGGCAAUGAUCGCGAAGGUAUAUUCUUUCAUUCGCGAUGAGAUGGGAAAGAAGAGGGCUCCCCUCUCCUCAUUUCUGAUGGCUGCUUGUCCGGCAAUGGACAUUUUACCUCCUGAUGAGUACCUUCAGGUUCUGGGCUGGGCAGUCGAAGAUACCGAACAAGGUACCAAGAUGCUUGUUCAGAAAGAUGAGCUCCGAGCUCCUAAAGAAACCACCAGAACGUGUCCAGACUCGGAGCUGGAGCUUUUUCAAGGAAUGAUUGAGUUGGGAUACAUGCCAGAUGAGAAUAUCUUCUUGCUGGAGGCCCUUCUGGCUCAGGAUAACCGUUCGGCUCUUACUUCAACAAUCUACAUCGCAGAGCGCGGCUCCAUCAGACCAGAUCACGAGCGAUUCCCCCCCAGCAUCUCUGAACGAGCCCAAGUACCCGAGCAAGAAGGAUCCGCUGCUCAAUUAGACGUCCCCAUCUACACUCCAAGCCUGGAAGCCUCAACCCCGUGUUGCGGGACCCCGCGCAACUCAGAAGACACGGCAACGCCGUCCACUUGCACCUCCAUAUCCACCCCUCCAACACAGCUCGCUGCUCUCUUGCCUUCGAUUUCACCCCAGUCGCAUUCUACGGGUAUGCUACCUACUGUACCUGCUUCAGCCGCUGAGCCCUCGUCAGUCGCAGCCUCCGAAUCUUACUUUUGCCCCUACUAUUACAACAUUGUCACGGACGAUGCCGCUGCUUGUUCCCCUGCCUCGUCUUUCGGUAGCGAUCCUGGCUUUGGCACACGGCCUACCUCCCACCCUGGCUAUACCAUGACAGACUCAUCGCCCGUCGUCUUGAGCUUGGACGGUGUGGCGGACUAUCAGGCCUUCGACAUUGACUGUCCGUGGGACUUUGACGCUGUACUGAGCCAAUGCACGCCGCCAUCAAGUACAGACCGACUGUUUGCCCUUUCAAGCAGCCCCGAGUAUAAUCCUCAUGAAGACUUCCACUAUACGUUUUGA